AUGCAGAGCUUGUGGAUAGGAGCAAGGGAGCUUUCUAUUACUUGGAGUGAGGAACCACAGUAUUGGAAUUGGCUUCAUCUUGAUUCUUGCAGUGGGGAGGUGGCUGAGCUUGUAAGAAGCUGCUGGCUGGAAAUCAUCGGAAAAAUCGACGUGAGAAGCCUGCGUUUGAAGACGAGUUACAGCGCAUAUCUAGUGUUCAAGCUGCAAGAAGGGUGCAAGGAGCUGCAAAAGGCGAUUGCAUCAGUGAGGUUCGUGAAAGAGAUAGGCGAGGGCAGCGCUGACGAGGGCUAUGGCGUCUUCAUCGACACCAUGGCCUGCGAUGCUGGAGAAAGGGGCCGGUUUCCUCACUGCCGCAGCGACGGCUGGAUGGAGAUCAAGCUCGGGGAGUUCUUCAACAAUCUGGGAGAUGAUGGGGAGGUGGAGAUGCGCUUGAUCGAGAAGAAUAAUCCUAAAUGGAAAACCGGUCUUGUUGUGUUGAAGCUGAAGAUCUUGUGCAACAAUGCAUACAAACGAGCUGUAACGAAAGGGAACCAGAAAUGAAGAAGACCGUUGGAAAAGUAGCCGUUGGUGACGGUUGGAAGUUAGUUGUGACAGCUGGCGGUUGGUUAGGAAUUAGUUGUGAGCUUAGAUAUUUUUCUUAGCUUUUGUGAGCAAGCUUAGAUAGUAUAAAUAGCUUUCGUUUUUGCUGCUUGUAAAUUGAGUUUUCACAAUCAUCAAUAAAGUGUGAAGUUUCAGUUUC